AGGAACCUGCAUGCUUGUAUUGGACAUAGAUAUGGCCCUAGUCCCUUCACCCACUGCGCACAUGUCCAUCUUCAGUGAUCUUGACUCUGUAUCGCUACCGGCGUACGGUGGGCUCGAGAAGAGCGAGCGAGGCAGGUGCAUCAAAAGUCAGUUUCACGAUCAGAAACGCUACCCAGUGAUGAUGCCUUGACCUUGCUUCUCCUUUUAUGGCUGCAACGUCACUUUCAAACUAAAGCAAACCGAGACUGUUCGUUCGUUGGGUGCAUUUCUCAACCACCCGGCUCCCGACCUCCUGCUUGAAGGUUGGUUCAGCCUCUCCGCGAUUGAGGCAGUUCGCGUCUCGCCAUUGAACGCUUGACCCUCGUAUAUAAAUUCCCAAUGGGAGUUCCAUUAUCCAUUCGGCACUCAGACUAUACAAUUUCAUCUUCUAGCACUAAACCAAAAUCAACGUUCACAAAGUUUAUAGAAGACAGCCUGCUAGAUUGCCUCACAGUUCAGUUUUAUUAAGAGAAAGGCAGGAGAACGCCUUUGAACUCCGUUUUGGUUACAAUAACGUCACAAAACCACCAAUAGAUAAAGGAAGUUUGAAAGAAGAGUGGUCAAAUAAUUACAGACAUCAAGCAUUUAACUGCCCGGUAAGUUCUAGUAUGUACCACUGGUGUGUCAAACGUUUAAGAUCAUCAAGACGUGUUACUGAAGUUGGCCAAGUAGUAUGGCGGUGUUUGCGACAAAAUUUACUAACGAAAGUCGCUUACUUCUGCCGGAGAGCAAUUUCGAAUGUAUGCGUCCGACACGGAUUCGGAAAGGUGCUGUAAUGUCAGCAGGUAUCGGGUAGGGUUGACAGGAAACCAUUUCUGCGGGUGACAGCAGUCACGGGGGGCUUUGCUGCCAUUUGAUGGGAAGAAAAUUGCUCUUCAACGCUAAUUGUCAUCACUAAGUCUAACCGGAGAGGACGAAUCAUAACACCGCGACGGAUCCUCAGUGCACUGGAGAGUUACUGCCUUUAGUGCCCUCAUUAAAGGAUGGUGUCCGAUUUUAAGGGCGGAUGUCUCUACCCAUCCAUCCAGCACCUUAGUCUAAUAACGUGGGCCUGGUAGUCAUCUGGUGGGUUCUAGGUGGAUUACUUAAGAAAUCCUGCUUGGGCAGUCAGCUUACUCUACCAGAUUUGGUGGAUUCGAAACGUUGCAGUAGACCGGCUAGGCAACUUGACCCAAAUGUGAUUAAACUCUCGACCCCUGGCGGGAAUUAGUAGUUCAGGUGGCUUGAGCCUUGGCUGUACUGAAGUCUUCCCCUUGCUGUUGUGGGUUCGAAUCCCACCGAGGUAGCCGAGUUUUCCACAACAUUGUCAAAAUGACUUAAUAGAACUGUGCCGGUGGCGGUCACCGAAGCCUUAAUGGAUGGCGGCUAACUUUCUCUGUGUUCAAAAAUAACCGAUUUUCCAGAUAGGUGUUCAUCGUGAUUGCUUAUUCAUCAGACCCGAGAGCCGGUUUACUUCGCAGCUAGCCCUCACCAACGGUCUGCGCGCCACUCACCACCUACGGACAUGCUGUGUACCCUGGAGGUAGGCCAUCAAACGGCUCCUGUCUUCUUGGGUCGCGGACUUGAUAUACUGAGUUGUCUUAAUUGAUCCGUUAGAGGGAAAUUUGAGCAUCAUCUUAAGUUCCUAGGGAUCUCUUGCCCAUACGUCGACCCCAAAAUCUAAGCGAGUUGUGAAACCAUUCACAGGGAAAGUAAUAAUAUCAAAAGGACCUUACGUGGUGGAUCAGUUCUCCAUGCCAUUCCACAACCUUGGGAGCCUCAAAAAUGUCACCACCUCAUUUGAGACCGAAACUCCCGAUCACCUUACUCAAACAAAGUGCCGCGUCCGAACAGCUCCCUAAUCUCCUGCAGAUUCUCAGUCUUGAACGAAGCGGAAGUAUUCUGACGAAGGCCGGCUUUCGAAAGAAGUUCUUUCCGGUCGCUCGCUAGAACUACUCUCUGACUACUUAGGUUGUCUGAAUUCUCAUUAAUUUUUGAUGCCCUUAUAAAGUCAAAUAUAUCUCAUACUAAACAUGCAUGAAAAUAUUCUUUUACUCGUUUGGAAGAAAAUUAUCUCUUCCAAUUUUAUGCUUGAAAAAGGGUAUAAUUUGGAUUUUAAAAAGUCUCUAAUUAUAAGAUUUUGUAAGACCGCGAAAUCCCGUUCAUAAGGCCUAGUGUAUUUGUGUUUACUAAUGUUGCUUAUAUAUUUUACGAAAUGUCCCGAAUUCACUAAUAAAUUUUAUAAACCCCAUAUGGUUUCUUCUUAAUAACGUAUAGAAUUGUAUGAAUUUCCGUACACGAAAAAUAUGCAGUUUGUAGUUUCGAAACCCUGAAUGCAAGUGUAACGCCAGCUCGGGUUCAAAAUAACUCGCUAAUCGGACAGGUUUUUUAAAAUUUAAUUGUGCCGUUUCUUUAAAUAUAGAAUUUGAAGACGACGUAAUUUUCUACCAAACGAGUAAAAGAAUGAAUAUUUUUGUAAAGUAUAAGGACAUCGAAAAUCAAUGAGAAAAACUCGUAUCAAUUCAGUAGUCAGUUUCUACAGAGUGUAGUUUUUGCAAGCGACCGGAAAGAACUUCUUUGGAAAGCCGUCAUCCUGAAGUAACUGAAUUAUUAUGGAAUCAUGUUGCAGGGUGAUUAAUACAUCUGUCCUACUUUUCGAGUCGAAAACGCAUUUUAGAAUUUCGGUUAACAUUUAAUGAGUUAGCACACCUACUGUAAGUGUCUCGUCGGGCAUAUUUAUUUACCGACAAACUCUGUUUCUCCUUUACAGUGGCUGCUCUCAAAAAUGGACUAGUUGCCUCACCGGCGAAGACAAUCAGCGCCACCUCCCAGCCAACGAAUGGCGGCCAGUCUACACAGAAGAAGGCGGUGGAAGCAGGUCGCGAGACCAAGGCCAGCGUCGCGUCCAGCACCGGUGAGGUUACUCUCAUCGACUGGGACAGUUUCAUCGCCCUGCCGGUGCGCAAACCCCACACCACCAGCGGGGGUCCCUUACCUUGCAAACAGGUGACCAAGUCGACCACUCCAAAUCCUGAGCGGCAGUACCGAAACCAGUCUGAAGGCUCAAACGGACGGCCUUCAGUGCCGUCUGCGAACACCACCACCAACGACCGGAGACGACCUGCGUCGCCGUCUGGAGACAGUGGCCAUUCAGACACCUCCACACCGCGCCACCGAGCUCGUAAGCGCCUCAAGUUGGCUCACGCCGAGGCAGGGAGGCUGUCGGACAGGGUAUGUGCGCGACGCGUUUAAUCGCAUAGACUUCCAGUAGUCUUUAGAUUUUCUCGAUUCAGCUCUGGUUUAGUCACCGGAAUAGACUCACUCAAGGUCAAAGAUAUGUCAGAAGACAGUCGGGAUAACUCGGUUACUCUUUGUGGCUCUAUAACAAUAAACAGUAAGAUUAGCGGAUCACAAUAGAGUUAAUAAGACGGCGAAUAGAUUGAAAAGUGGACGUACAUUCGAGGUGAUCAGACGAGUAGUCAGAGAAUGACGCCAAAGUGUGGUGGCCGGUUUAAAAACAAGCGGCAACAAAGAGCAAUAGACAAUGGACAAAGAACAAUGACGAGGUGGCGAGCAUACGUAGCUUUCGAUAGAUUCUCUUCGGGCCAGUAUAUUUAUAUGGGAAGGGAGUAGGAGUAAAAACACGUCAGUGAUAAGAUAGAUCGAUUAAAGUUCGCCUUAAAACACAGGCAGGGUGUGGGAAUGUGGGGGGAGGGGGGGGGGCUAAUAGCAGUCAGUGUCAGGGGCGGGGUGAGAGCGGAAGGGCGCGGGAGAGUUGUAACGUUAGUCGACCUUCGACCACUGUAGGCGCGGAGCCUGAACGUGAUUCUUCUGUGCGCACAAGAUCGGUUUUCGCAACUUGAUGGCGGCCGCCUCUGCUGUUGCUAACAGACGCUGUCCCAGUGGUUUAGGAUAGUCCGAUGGGACCUUAUAGAUCACACGAAACGCUUCAUUGGGGUCUACAUGAUGUCCGGAACGACAACAUGCGCGAUGCCCCCCGUGAAUGAAGAUCGACGAGACGUGGACUGCGGUAGUUGCCUCACCUCCUUUUACAUCUCUUCAGGACAGUUGCAGGAGUGACAGCCCCAGCCAGCAGUUAUCGGUCAUUUCUCCGACGAAAGACAAGUCCAGGGAUACUUCAAUCGAAAGCAGACGCCUGUGUUUCAACCGGAGAAAACUGUUGAAGUUCUAGGCGAAAGUAUAUCCACGCAGACUCUAUUAAAGUCUAAUUGGCCUCAUUGUGAAAGAAGCAUCACAGUCUAUCGACCCCAACAGGUUAUUCUGAUGAUCUGUUGCAAUCCUGAAGCAGUCCUCCAUCCCUCCCCUUGUCUAUGUCGUAACCUGCGUUGCUUCUGUUUCAACAGGCAGAGGAAUCACUACAGUCGCCGUCCCUCUCUAAAGGAUCCAAGAAUUCGGCCAAGGGAUGUGCUUCUUCUUGGUCUUCCCGGGCGGACAGUCUCGCGGGCGAUGAGGGCGGCUCUGUCAGUCAAGCUGACUCUUCGGUAACUUCCCUGCCAUUUUAUUGCCCCAAAUAUCGAAAAAUUUGGAGAAACGUAGUCAUGCUCCUCAAAUCAAUUAAGUAGCGAUAUAACCUGCCGUAAAACACCACUGGCUACACCAUUUCAUCGCAUAUCUCCUCAUCAGCACCUACACCACACAUGACCACACCAAACAUCACACCAUGCAAACAUGUCAUUGCCACCUCCCACGCAAGUGGGAAGAGCACUUCUCGGCUCCGUCUCCAUGUGACCCCUCUGCUGCAUGUGAGAUUCGAGCCUGCGCCAGGCGCCAUGACUUGGUAGGUUGCCAACUGUCGAUGGAACUCAGACCUCGCAGUUUACCUCAGUGUAUGUGUUUGUUCGGGGUGGCCGACCGAAAUUCAGGCUGCAGUGACUCCUUCUUAAUGUGUCCUUUAUAGCACUCUCACUCAAUGGGAUCGAGUCGCCCCCGCCUCUUCUCUUGUCGCAUGUAAAUUCUUAGUUUUUGUUGUGAACCCCAGGAGGUGUGGUGGUACGCCUAGGUGCGGGUCUGUCCGUGCCAGCCACCUGAGCCGUCCCUCAUCCCGGUCUUCUUGACUUAAUCAUGACUCCGGCCCCAGGUGAGGAAGGAGAGAGUGCGGUAAGCGCUCCGCAAGUCGUCUAUCACUAUAAACUAAUUCACAGUCCAGCCACGGUUCCUGCCCUCGCUGUGGAGCACACGGCGAACGUCAUCGAAACCGGUGACCGGACCGUCAAUUCUUGAUGUUACAGACUAACUGGCAUUUCGAGAUGUGCUCUGUCAGAGAGAGGUUCUGCCCUGCCACGAACUCGAAUCACUGACCUCUCCAAUUUACAUCAAGUACUCCUCUGCCUGCAUCACCAGCGGUCGCCGGCGCCGUCCACGCGAACUGCGAUAUUUCCUUCUGACCCCAGGCCAGGAAACAACCUUAGGAGUUUGAGAAAAGGGAGCAUGUUUGGAGGACGUACACAGACCAGGUUACGUCUAAUGAGCCAGAAAAGGCUAUCUCAGUCUCCCUUGUCAGCCUUCCAUCCUGCAUAAAUAGUGUCGCACUCCUCACAGCUCUUGGCGAAACUCCGGUAGGUCCGUCGGUGCUGAUUGGAGGGAUCAGUGCUCCGAUUGUGCUCCUCAAAUGCUAAUCGUUUCCCAGCAGAAGAAGAGGAUAAGUUUCUAUUCUGAUGUUUCGAGCUCAUACGCGGGGUUAAGUCUCGGAGAAGGGACGUCUUGCCGACUCAUCCAUUUCCAGCCCAGUUCCCCAUCUCAAUGUUCUAUGGCGUACAUGACUGUGGUUGCGCCUAUGUUAGAUCUCAUAGUGGGCUGCGAUACUGUUGUGUUAGGCCUUAACGGGCACACGCUGGUUUCUGUCACGGGUUAGUAGGGCUUCGCCGAGUCUACACGGGUUCUUAACCAUUACGGUGUUUGCGUGCAGUACACGAACCAUAACAGGCCAUUGAUGCAUGGGGGCAUGGUGUGUCUAAUACCAGCCCAGCCACUGUCACAACACUUCAGAACAUUCCGCUUCUGGAACUACUACGAUGUGCCAACAGACGGGGCGACUUGGUCCUGCUGUGGCCUUUAUGGCACCCUUCACUUCCACGAGGUCCGUGACUCCUUCCUCGAAGACUGUUUCACUUGGAGUUUUCUGCCAGGUGGCGAGUGGCAGGCGUAGACAUGCCGUUUAGCCUUGUCAGGCACUGAGCCACCUGCAGCUCUACUCAUUUUGAUCCCCUGUCAAUUAAACACUGAGUUUGGGCGAGAGAGGGGGGGGGGCUGUUAGAUGCAUCGCAAGCUUGCUUCACUGUAAACUGGUUCACGCGCGAGUCGCUAUCACCCUACCGAGUGACGAAUUACGAGCUGUGUCCGCGUGAGUGACCGUCGACGUCGUGGCCCCACAACAAUAGACCAAAUGGAGGAGGCGAUCAGGUAACAAUCGGGAGAUGGCACUCAAAAAAUCCGUUACCUAGAAAUAAUACCUUUAACAGUGGACUCAAACGCCUUCAGGCUAUAUCAGCGGUUGCAGGCCUACUUUCACGCACUACUUGGACUUUCCGCGACGGCCUAACACGGGCUGGCCGAACGAACAUCGCAGGAGGUUACAUGGACAAUGGUCGCUGUUACCUAACCUUCCCCAUCGUUACACACGAAAACCUGAAUAUACGGCAUACAUUCGCAUAAUGGCAGUUUAUUACAAAACAGAAUCACUUUUAGAUAGGAUAAGUCUGCACAACAUGGGACAGGAACAGUUCCCAGGCAUCUGACAAAGAAAUGGCAUUGAGGCCAAACCAAAGACGAUACUGUACUUCGUCUGUGUGAGCCCACACAGCUCGACCACAUACAGGGCCUCCCUCGUAGAGUUUCCUUUUCAGUCUCCUCCAGUAUGCCUCAAUGGCAUUGGUGUGCCGUCCGGUGGUAGGGUCCUUGAAGUUCUUUGAGUGGUUAACAGAGAAAUGUUGAUAACCUUCUGAGAGAAGACGGUUAUACGCCUUCCACUCGUUCGUUACCACUAUACUGCCUUUGGCGACCCAUUUUGUAAUAACGGAACGGAGAGCGGACCAACUUCGAUCAUUCACCUGCUCAAAUAAUAUUUUCUGUCAGCUAGUAUCGUACAUACCGACCAGCCACCACCCAUAAAACCCCUAUUACCACCUGUCCGUAAGACAGACUGCUUUGUUUAGGCGGAUUUUUUGGGUGCCAUCUCCCGAUUGUUACCGGGGAUCAUAUUGGCUCACGGCAUGUGUUAAUCGGGCUGUGCGGAGUCCGCGUGAGCCCAGAACUGCUGCCGCAUUGGGUGGGAAGGGGGGGGGGAGAAUGAUACACCCGGAUGUGGGCUUUCUUGCCGCCUAAUGCCAGCACCGGUUGGUUGAGAGGCAUACGAGGGGAAGGUGAGAGUGACGUCGACACUAGGGAAUCCAUCUUCACGGUACGCCAGCGCGCUCUUUAAUAUACUAGAUCUGCGCGCUUGAGUUUAUUAAGACACACUAAGUGCCGUGUCCUGGAAGGUUGCCAAUCGGCGGAAUAACUGGCCAUUUUCAGCGACGAGUCCGACUGCAAUGGCUCCUUAGCUUGGCCCGUAUGAAAUUCCUGCACAUGUGAUAUCCCAGCCGCUCUCAUAGAAGACCGGUACGUAUAGCGGAGCCAGGACGUGUGUGGCUAGCAUAGAUGGGAUGUUUAGUGUUUCAAAUCAUGACGCCGGAAUCCACCUCCGGUCGUUUUAACGUUGCAUUGCCAUCGGGGCUAGGAGGGUGGUCAAGAAGAGUGGAAUAGAUGCGGCGCAAGUCACCGCCCUGCGCCCACACCGUAGAGCACAUAGUGAACAUCUUUGUUCACAGCGGCCGAUUUGACGGGCGUUUACGUGCUCGUCUGUGUGGCCAGCUUCUUCGCUGUUGUCGAGGUGCGUAGGCCAACUCCCGAACCGCCGUCGUGUUUCGCCGGCAUUUCACCCUACGAUGACGAGCUCAAGUGCCAAGUGGAGGGUCAUAUUGACUCACGACACGCGUUAAUCGGGUUGUGCGGAGUCCGCACAAGCCCAGAACUGCUGUCGCAUAGCGGGGGGGGGGUGACACAUCCCGAUAUUAAGGUCCUCCUGUUUCACCGCUCGAUUUUCCUCGUCGACGCUACCGCGAGAAAAAAAUUUGGCCGUUAGGCGUUUCCUGAGCGUCACAUCCUCUAAGACUUUAAAAUUGCCUGCUCUUGUAGUCCUGCCCAGACUCAGGGUCGUGUGAGAGGCUUAAUCGAGGCAUGGUUUCGUUUGGCAUCCACACUCGUAGAUUAAAGUCUCAUUCCACUCCCCUGACGCAUCAGUCUAGAAUCUAGAACUGCUGAUGGCGAAGCCGUAUUUAAUGGCUAACAGAAUUCGCCAUUUCGUAAUACCCCUGUUGCUUUGAAUGUUUUCCACUUAGCUGCGUAUCUUCGCCGAACGAUGUUGUUGCGGUUGUCAAGACUGCUUGUUUAUCAGACUCGAUAGCCCUUCUGCUUCACAGCUAUCCUUGGCUAGUAACCUGGAGACUUAACCUGUAACCUGCUGAUGGGCAGGCCCAAUCUUACCGACCCUCCUGCCACUCUAGUCUAUUUCCCUGAACUGACUGAGAUCCAUCCUUUUCUUGUUUACUGAAGUCUCCUCACUGUCAUAUUUAGGUUGCCACUGUGCCUGGCGAUCAGAAGAUCCCCUCUUCGACACUCGACGACGAAACCGUGUCCUCCUCCCCCCUGUCCUCAGAUUCUGAGCAAAACCCCACAGAGGGAAGGGCACGGCCGUUUCUGCGUUCCUCAGCUCUCUUCAACGGGGCCGCCCGCGCUCUUUUUGGAGCGUCGUCAAGGACCACAACCCCCGACACUGCUUCCACGCUUCCCGAGACGCAGCCGGCACCGCCAGAAAAGGCCAGGGUGGAGGAGAACGCGGCUGUGAAACGACUGCCGCCCAGCUGCUCUACCCCGGACAAGUCGGAGUCCUCUGGCCUCGAUACGCCGGCCAAACCCUCCGUUUCAACUGUGAUCAAGAACCAAAGUCGCUUCCUGGUCGACCGAAAGAGCAUCAAUGCAACUGCCUCACCGCCCGUCAACCGCAGCCAGGACUCAGACGAGACCCUCCGUUGCCAAGCCUGUGGUCUGCUGACCUCCCGUCGUUGUGCUCUGCAGAUGCACGUCAAACGUCGACAUCCAGAGCUCUACGUGCCAAUGGGAGCCGUGGCUCGUGCUGCCCUGAAAUUGGCCGCAACCGGUUCACGGCCGACGCCGCCGCCGCGACGACCGCAGAAGCGCAAGCGGGCGAGCCUGUCGCAGGUGAUCUGGCGCUGCCCCGGAUGCUAUCCCUUCACCCAGACUUUUCCCAGCGCCCUGGAACUGCUCUCCCAUCUGCCGCACUGUCGUCGAAAUGCUGGUUCUCGCGCCUCCGGUGGACACCAUGGCAGCGCCGGUGUGAAGUGGAGCCCGUGGCCAGAACCGCUUUCGCUUCCGGGCACGGGUUUCGGUUGUUGCAUCUGUGGUCUCCUCUUCGCCUCCGCGUCGCGCCUCGAUAGACAUCGGAGGGCCUCGCAUGACUCCAAACGCAAGGCACGCAUUGGUGUGACGGGAGUGGGGAGUGACGCAUUUAUUCUCUAG